AUGAAGGACAUGGACAUCGGGACCGUGGAUGUACCCAUGACGCGUUGGGGAAUCAUUUUUCAACACCGCGAAAUUAAUUCCUGCUUCCAUUAUAUUGGAGCUGACUUUGAGUCCGGUAUUGAUGGGAUCGGGAUUUCUGAUACUCAUACAAACAUGUCUUUAACAGCCAUGGCGGAUAAGGGGACUCAAACCUCAUUUUCGGCGACCGACGGUGAACUAGCCGGUGAUUCGGCAAGCGUAACAACUUUGUUCGGGGAGGGACAGAUCUAUGAGACCUCAGCUGCAACGAAGGCAAAUGAAUGCCAUGCCAAUGACAAGGACGGAGUUAUUGUAGGCUGGAACGGCCCCAAUGAUCCGGAAAAUCCCCAGAAUUUCCCCAAAUGGAGAAAGUGGACAAUCACAAUUACCCUCGGGCUUAUGACCAUCUGUUCGACAUUCGCCUCCUCGGUAUUCAGCACGGCGACAAAAGUGACAGCCAGAAAGUUCCGCGCCUCAUCUGAAGUUAUGGUCCUCGCCGUCAGCCUUUUUGUCCUGGGCUUUGCGUUCGGUCCUAUAAUAUUCGGCCCUUUGUCCGAGUUGCAUGGCCGGAAAAAACCCAUGUUCGUGGGCAUGUUCGUCUUUGCCAUCUUCCAAAUCCCCGUCGUGGUUGCACAGAAUCUCCAGACCAUCUUUAUUUGUCGAUUCUUUGGAGGAGUCUUCGCGAGUGCCCCUCUAGCCAUUGUGAGUCAACUGUUCGAGCCCGUCCAUUGCUGCGGAAAGGUUGACCCUUCUCGUUGA